AUGAACGCCAAGCAGGCCGAGGGUACUCCCAUGAGAGAGCAUAUGCUCAAGGUCAUGGAGUACCUCUAUGAAGCCUUGGAUCUUGGUGCUGAAAUCGAUGGACAAACGCAGGUGGAUAUGGUCUUGGAGACCCUGUCAAGCUCAUUCUCCCAGUUCAAGUUGAACUUCAACAUGAACAAGAUGGAGAUGUCUUUUCCAAUGCUUAUGAAGGAACUUCAAUCCGCUAAGCAGAUAAUGGGAAAGGAGAAGCAGGUCCAUUUUGUUAAGGUUUCUAAUUCUGGGCCCAAAAAGCUUAAGAAUAAGAGGAAGCAAGCCACUGCUGCCAAAGGCCCAAAGAUAAAGAAAAAGGGGGUUUUAGGAAACCAGGAAACUUAA